CUCGUCCAUCGAGACCAAUAAUCCAAAAGAUUUCGUCUUGAUUCGGAGCGGUGGUAGAGUAACAAGAUGUAUUUUUCACUUUUGUCAAGCAGUCAUCUCUUGGAUCAAAAUUGCAUCUGCUGAUUAUGGGCAGACCGCUUCGUGGAAACAGGCAUAUCAGUGAUAAAUUCAAAUUCGUUCGAACAUUAGCAGAAUCUGAGCAGAUGUUUGUCCGGCACAGUAUUCAAUACCAAACCAGUCCAGUGACUGGAAUCCUCGAUCGCUAGUCCAUCCCCUGCUUUUGGUACAGGCGAUGAAGAACGAGUCGGGAAAUUGGAAUCGAAGGAGGAGAGAAGCGCAUGAGCUGAGUGAGUGCCUGACCCGAGGGCAGUAAAAAAGAAGUGGACUCGGGGGCCGAGUUCAUGGAGUCCUGUGGAGUCGGUUGGUUGGUGGGCAUGCGCUCAGCUCACUAGGAGCACAAGCUCAGGAGGACUUUCAGCGAGCUGCUGCAGUGACUUCCAAAGUUUGUGCGGCUCCAAGAGAGGGUAAAAUUUGGAGAAUAAAUCCGCAACAGUUUGCCCGGGGCUCAGGCGAGAAUGACACGUAUGGCUGCCGGGCUCGGAAGAGUCAGGGAUUUCAAAUGUGCAGGCUUGUGGAAAACGUCUGUGUCAGAAGAGAUUCCCCGAGGCUUCGCAGCGAAGACUCUAGUCUGUCAAGGCAACAGUGGAUUCGUGAGCUGGUCCGCCUUUCACGGCAGAGAUCAAUCAAUGCACAGCAUCGAGCAAAACCUGCCCCCCGUGGGCUCUUGGUGAUCGCUCUCCGCCGAGAGAGAGAAAAGGCAUUCGAGCAGCGAGAAGCGGUUCCACGUUAUCGAGCGCUUCGAUUUAUCGUCACAUGUGUUGCGGAGGCUGCUGCAGAUUUCGGCGCGGACGGCAAAGCUUUUCGUGCUGUGAAAUCCUGGCGCCCGUCAGCAUCGCCACUCGGUCCCAUCUCCUCGAUCACCAUAUUUCCAUUCCUCCAUCCAUUCAUCUAUCCAUCGAUCAAUCCAUUCAUUCCAAUUCUUGGCCUGCGUAAUUCACAGAGAGAGAGAGAGAGAGAGAGAGAGAGAGAGAGAGAGAGAGAGAGAGAGAGCCAUGAAAUUGUAGACAGGUAUAGGGAGCAGGGCAUUCGAUUGAAGGCUGGCCUCAUGGACGACAGUGAUGGGAAUUUAGGGCGGCCGCUGCUGGAAGAGGAGAAGCAGCGGCGGCAUGUGGUUCUGGAGGCCUUCACCAAGUACCUUCUGGUACAGGAACUGCUGGAGAUGUUAGCACUGAGAGGUCUGCUAACAAUUCUGGGCUUGUAUCUUCUGGAGAGUCUCCACUUUAGCGAGGAAGGAGCCACGGAGCUCGUCCACCUUUUUUUUAUGGGCACGCUGGUCAGCUCCAUUUUCGGCUCUUUUCUCAGCGAUGGAUUCAUGGGCAAAUAUCGAGCGAUUUUUUUUUUCUCCGCGUGCGAGCUCUGCGGAUACAUCAUGCUGGCAUCGUCGGCCAUUCCGAACGCGGCCUGGCAAUCGUCGAACCUUCGCAAGGAUUUGGCCUGCUUCGCCCUCCUGCUGGUGGCGCUGGGCUUCGGAGGCUUGAGGCCGUGCACGGCCACGUUCGGGGGCGACCAGGCGAUGCGCGCGGUGAGGACGACGGGGGCGGCGGCCGCCAUCGCCUCGGACGACGAGGGCGACAUUCUGACAGCGACGGAGAAGACGGCGAGUCGGCAGUUCUUCUCGGCGUACUACAUCGCCAUGGUCGGCGGCACCCUGCUCAGCUCGAUUCUGUUCCCGCUGAUCAGAGUGCAGGGCAAUGGCAGCUACUUCUUCGUGUUUCUGCUGCCCGCCUGCUCCAUGCCGCUCGGCACCAUCAGCUUCUGGCUCGGCCGGAACGAGUACCGCUUCGAUCCCGCGGAGGAGACUCUGCCAUCGCCCAUCCAUGGCAAGCAGCACCGGCAGGCGCAAGCGUCGGUGGAGAUUGCCGACGAGUCGGGCGAGAGGAUUGCGCUCGAAGCGAGACGAGCCUCAAUCCGCGACGACUGGAAAGUGCUGCUGUCUGCGCUGAUUGUUUUGAGUCCGACUCCAUUCUUCACAGCGCUCCACUACCAGCCGAGCUCGACGUGGGUGUUUCAAGCUCGCAAAAUGGAUGGUCAUGUGCCCUGGCUCGGCGGCUUGACCAUCCCUCCCGAUGAGAUUGGGGCCAUGAAACCAAUUUUUGUGGUUUUUAUUAUUCCGAUUCUCGACGAAUUAGUGUACCCUUUCGUAGAGAAACACGUGAUGGCGGUGACCAACUUGAGGAAAAUGGUGGUGGCUCUGUUCAUGGCCACUCUGGCGUUUGUCAUGGCGGGGGUCCUCCAAGUAGUCAUCGAUGCUAAUCUGCAGGAGAAACAAAUGGGUGGCAUAGACGUGUCAGGUUACGCAAAUAUAUCAAGACUGUGGCAAGUACCCCAGUAUAUUGCAAUAAGCGUGGCCGAGGUGAUGAUGUUGAUUCCGGCGAUGGAGUGGUCGUAUCACGAAGCUCCCAAGUCUAUGAAGACCGUCGUGAACGCCGCUCACAAUGCAUAUCAAGCCCUCGGUAAUCUGAUGAUCAUAGUGGUCGUGGCGCUUCUUGGGCAAAGAGUAUCGAAAGGUACAGAAGAUUUCGUUUUCGCUGGUCUCGGUGCGUUCGGAACAACUCUGAUGGCCACAUUCAGCUACACGUACAUCUCACGAGAGUCCAGAGCCUUGCAAAAGCACGGGAAACAACAGCAGGACUGAGUCACGGAGUACAGAUGACGAAGAAUGUAAAAAACCUUGUACACCAACACACUAGUUCUCGAGGCCGAAGGGACCAAAUUCGCUAACCCUCUUGUGAAAAGGAAAUUACUGUAAUGAAUUCACCUCCUGCAACAUCUUGUAGAUAGAUAUACAGAUCGAAGCACUGUCCCAGAGGGAAGAGAAGUUUAGGUGAGGAUUUUUCGUCUUAGCACUCGAUGAUGAGAAUCAGCCACACCCUCCUCUGUUCUUCUAAGAGGAACGAUACCAUGUGAGAGGACGGUCUAGACGUACUGUCAGUAGGUACAAAUGGACGAAGAUAGCAUUAGGGAGCAGUUCCACCUCUUGUAACAGGAAUUGGUUUUCAGCCAAAAAUGUUGUUUCUUUACACGUCAAGUGCUCCAUUGG